AUGUGGGCCAUCUAUGUGAUGUUGGGAGUGUUCGUUGUCCAGGCGGGGCUGACGGUGGCGGCGGUGGGGAUCUCCCUCAUAGGCACCCCCCUUGAGCCGUCCCGGCGACGCUGGCAGAACCCCGUCUCCGCCGCCUUUUUGUUGUCGCUGCCGGUGGCGCUCGCCCUGCUGGCCUUCUCGCUGUGGGCAGUGCUCUCCUCCGAGGACACGUGCUGGAGCAACGGGGACCGUCAGGUGCCAGCUCACUACAUGGUGUCAGGUCUGGCCUGGGAGCUCUUCCAGCCGGUCGGUAUCUGGCUGACCUACCUGCAGCUCUGCGAUGCUGAGCCGGGCAAGUGGUGGCACGCCGUCACCCGCAAGGGCACAGGGUACGGGGUGCACUGGUGGAGCAACUGGCGUGCGGCUCACAGGGGCCCCGAUGCCGACUAUGAGCGGCUGGUUGGCGAGCUGCAGCGCCUGCUGGCAGGCAUCCAGGCAGACAAGACGGACGCUGUGGCUGCGGCGGCGUGCGUGGCUGUGAUGCAGGAGGAGGUGGCGGCACGGCAGGCGCAGCAGGCGCAGCAGGAGGAAAGGGAUGCGGAGGGUGGCAGCCAAGGCAGUGGGGCUGAAGAGGUCAGCACAGGCAGCGAGAAGCGGCGAGAGCUGCUGGCCUGGGCACGCCAGGUAUGUGCUGACGCGGCUUUCCCAGCCCUCCACAACGCCGCCCCUGACGCUGAGGCGGAGGUUGGUGCGGGGCCGGCUGGGCUGGCUGGGCAGCAGGCAGCGGGCUGCGACGGCGUAGCAGCGGCGGAUGUGGAGCAGGCACUGCACUGGGCGCGGUUUGCGGCGGCGGCCUACGGUGCUCGCCAGGCCGUGUGGCGCCGCGGCGAGCUAGGGCGCUGCGCCGCUCGCUCCCAGGUCGCUCGCCUGGCCAAGGCUGCCGCCGCUGCGGGGAGGCAGCCGCUGGCGGGCUGGGGGCCACACGCCGAGGCCCAGGCUGGUGAAGGCAAGGCUGCGGAUGCCGCUGCAGGCGCCCCGCCCAGCGCCUCGCAGCUCAGGGACUUUGCGGCUGCGGGAGAGCUGCUGGGGGCGGACUGCGACAUUGCUGCCUUCAGCUCAGGAGACAGGGCAGCGGGGCUGUUGCCGCACCUGGUUGUGGUGGACAGGUCCAGGCAGGCAGUGGUGCUGGGCAUUGCCGGGGACUGGCUGGAGCCGCAUCUGAGCGAUGACGUGGCGCCGCCACCGUGUGGCUGGCUGGGCAAAGGCGUAGUCGCCGCCAGCCAGUGCUGGCUGCACGCUGCCAGCCUGGAAGCGGCGCAGCUGGUGCUGGCUGAGCUAGAAGGCAGCGGCGUGCUGCGGAGCCUGCUGCAGCAGCCCAGCAAUGCCGGAGGUGGAACUGGCGGCGGCGCUGGCGGCGGAAAGAGUGAAGAGGCGGCUGGUGCAGGGCAGGCACAUGGAGCUGCUGCGGGGCUGCCCGACUGCUCCGGCUGGCAGCUGGUGGUGGCGGGGCAUGGGCUGGGGGCAGGGGCGGCGGCCGCUCUGGCGCUGAAGCUGCAGCCAGAUCACUCAAGCCUGGUGUUGUGGGCCUUUGCCCCUCCCGGCCAGCUAUGCAGCCCAGAGCUGGGUGGCGAGCUGGCCGCCGCCUGCUGCUGCGUGUACAGCAAGACAGGGCUGGAGCUGGCCCAGGUUGCAGAGGGCUGCUGGCCGCGGCGGUGGGGCGGGCGCUGGCUGAACCCCCACCGCAUGCUGCUCCCGCUGGGCCAGGUGCCGGUGGAGGCACUGGGGUUCCUGCAGAGGUAUCGAGAGUGGCGGCACGCGCAGGCGGAGCCCGCGGCGUGCACCCUGCCUGGCCGUGUGAUGCUGCUGGCUCGCCAGGCUGCCGCAGACCCUCCCGCGCAAGGCGUUCAGGAGCCCAGCAGGUCUGCAGGCAGCGGCUGGUGGGCUCGGUGGUUGAGCGGCGGGGAACUGGCAGAGGGAGGGGUGCGCAUGUCCAGGCAUGUGGCGGCAGACCACUGGAUCAGCAGAAUGCUGGGCGUGCUGGCAGAGCUGGCCCCUGCUGGCAGCUCGUGA